AAAGGGAGAGAGGCGCUCGCUUGUGCCAUCGCCUGUCUGACAGCCAGCUCGCAGCCCAUGAGGUACUGUGGCAAUGUGUGCGGUCUGGAGGAACGGUUUGGUGCCAUCCUAAAUUGCCCCCGUCGAUUAUGGGCUGUAUUGGCUCCAAAACCACCAUCGUGGCUGUGGACACCAGCACUUUGCACGUCGAGUGGAACGAAGCGAAGCCCCUGCCAGCUCUCUCCCCCCUUGGCCACACCCGGACCUCACUGGUGCGCCGACCGGUUCGCCAAAGCUCUGUGGACAGCCAGGACUUUCUCGAGGUAAAUGUUGAGGAUACUGUCGAAAUGUUACCCAAGUCCCGGCGAGCACUCACCAUCCAGGAAAUCGCGGCCCUCGCACGGUCCUCUUUGCAUGGUAUUUCCCAGGUGGUGAAAGACCAUGUCACCAAACCCACAGCGAUGGCGCAGGGCAGGGUGGCACACCUCAUCGAGUGGAAGGGGUGGUGCAAGCCAAUGGACUCCCCGGUGGCCCUGGAGAGCACGUUCAACUCCUACUCGGACCUCAGCGAAGGAGAGCAGGAGGCCAGGUUUGCCGCAGGGGUCGCCGAACAAUUCGCCAUCGCCGAAGCCAAGCUGCGGGCCUGGUCUUCGGUGGACGGAGACGAUUCGAACGACGAAUCCUACGACGAGGACUUCGCCACCCCGACGGAGCCCACCCAGCCGGCCGAUGCCGUGAACCAGCUCCCGCCCAGCACCUUGCUGAGAGGUUUCCUGCACAGCCGCCUGUGCCAGCUGAACGCCCGGCAAGGCUCCUGGGACCCGGAGAGCGACUCCUCCCAGACCACCAUCUCCCCGGAGACUUUGUGUUCCAGUCUCUGCAGCUUGGAGGACAGCCUCUUCCUCAAGGAGUUGGGCUCGCCUUCUGAACUGGCCGCCAAGCUGCUGGGCUCCGUGUCCGGCGGGGAGGAGAUGCUCCUCUCCAAGUUGCCCCCACAGACAGCCGGAGAAUGUGCCUUCCGGAGCCUGGCGCAGCUGGAGUGCCAGGACUCCAUGUACUCCAUGUCCUUCACCGAGUCCUGCCUCUCGCCGAUGGAGGAUGAGGGGAUGCCCUGCAAGGACUUCCCAGGGGGCUGCAGAAUCCACGGGGACAGCUGCCAGGUCCGGAGGAAAGUGUCCGACGUGGCCUCCUCCGGCGUGGUAUCGCUCGAUGACAAUGAGGAGGACGAGGAAGGGCGAGAGGAGGACACCGGGGAACAGUGAACUGUCGCCCCCGCUCCGUCCGUGGCAUGCUGCACCUGACAUCUCGUCCCACUCCGUGGCACCCUCCCUCGACCCCGCUCCGUGGCCCGUUGGUUCUCUCGAAGGGAAGGUUCUCUCCCAGCCCCCCGCAAGGAGGUGUCGUGGACCCGCGCCGGGCAAGGGAAGACCAGUUCGAAGCUGACCGGUCGCCCGCUUGCCCGACCCUGUCUUUUGCCUUCUUCGCCUUCACUGUGCCAUCUGAAUUCCAACCAUUGGAUCCGGAGGGGCCUUUCACGUGGCUUCGUGGAUUUUGCCUGCUGCAUUCUCUCUCUCUCUCUCUCUUUCUCUCUCGUGGCCUGUUUUGUUUUCUUGCAUGAGAAUGUCUCGAGGGUGGAAAGAAAAGCCCCGAGCGAAACACUGGACCCCCCCCGGGGCAGCAUAGACCGGACUUGCCACUAACCCGGGCCGGUUCGGAGCAUGCCGCGCGCCCCGUGGCCCCCCCCCAAGGAGGAGAGGUGCCUCGAGGCUUUCCGGGUGGCAUGGCUAAACGCUUGUGAAGCAGAACUGUUCAUGUUUCUCUGAAGACGAUUUUCAAAAUUCUCUUCUCGCCCUGUUAUCGCUCCCUCCCCCUACCCCCCCCUCCCCAACUCCUUCGGCUCGCUGCCAAGGGCUGAAGCGGAAUGUGGAAUGCAAUGGAUGCUUAACAUGUUUAUGCCUUUUUUUAAAACAAACAAAAAAAAAACCAAAAAAAAAAAAACACCCAUACAAACUGUUGUCUGGGCCCAAGCUGGACUCUUCUUGGCUUUUACGGUGUUGAAUUUUAUACUGUGACUUCACCAGAAGAAAUGGGCGAUGCGGGAGUUAGGGGUUGCGUUGGGGUGCUUUGACUCGAAG